AUGUAAGUCUGCGAUUAAUGCUUACCCAGGAGCGACUUAUGCUUUCAUUUCGUUCCUAUUAUUCCUUUUGAAAUUAUUGAUUACCCUUUGACAAAAUAUGACUAAAGUAUUUCAACAAUCACCUCAGCAGAUUUCUCUGAUCAUCAAGAUCAUUAGAAACAGAUUAAGACUUUUGAUAAUAAAUAAUAACCAAUGUUCGAUUAUCAAAAGAUUCGGAUCAAUCCAGAAUAAAAGAAAAAUAACUCUCUUGCUAGAAAUUUUUAUAUUGAUACCUAAAAAUAGGGUCCUCUGAUGCCAUAACAAUCUAACUUAAAAUCUAACACCUAGUUUCAUAGCGAUCUUGAGGAAUAAAUGAAAAAUUAAAGCAGGUAUUUAAGAUCAUAAAAAGUAAAGUAAAACACUGUAUCAAAAUAAAAGACCACAGAUAACCAUAUUUCUAAAAGGAAAUAUAAAGAUUUAACUGCCACUAAGCAUAUUCCUAUCGCUUAUAAUCUUAGAAGAGGCUCUAAUAAUAAUAAAAUCGUCAAAACUUAAUAAAAUUAAAUCAAUAUACUAGAAGACAGAAGCCAGAAUAUGAUCUAGAGGAAAAAAGGGAGACCCUUUAAAUUACAAGUCAAGAGAUCUGACAAAACUGCUAAUGUGAUGUAAAUAAGAUCGAUCUUUAGAUUACUAAGAAGGAUGAUACUCAAACCUAAAUUUUAUGAUUUCCAGGAAGAAGUAAAGAAGAAACUUGGUUACUAAGCAUUUGCUCGUCUUAAGCAUAUAUAUCACAAAAACAAUACCCCGUAGCCUACGCCUGCAGAAGGAGUCAAGAAUCGUGAGAAGCAUUUGACUCGACCAUUGGAAAACCCUCUGCCAAUAAUAUUCUCAGACGAACUUGAUCCCAUUGGAUGUCUCUGCUACAAAUAUACCAGAGGCGACGAGGAAGCCUUCUUCGAGGAUUCUGAUAAUGCUAAACUUUUCAAGCUCUCAAUAAAAAGGCUGAAGAUCCAUUUGAAAAGUCAUCCUCUCAAACUCUAAGUAAUAGAUUAAUUUGUUAAAAUCUAUUAUCCCUGA